AUGAUCUCCUUCACUCACAACUACAAGCCUCCUGAUCUUGGCCUAAGUAAGACAUCCUUGACUGUUGGAGUGCUGUAUCCUGUAUCAAGCUGCAACCCGCUUUUCCAGACACAUCAAGUGUCUUUGGUUGAAGUUUUCGGAGUUCUGGAUCCUUCAUCUUUACAGAGUGGUAUUGGACUCUACUAUACAUAUACAUUCAGGAUCACUGGUUGCUUUUUCUUCGCCUUCUUUUUCUUGAAUGUGUCCGUGUUUGAGAUGCUUGUGCUACUUCUUUUACAAUUCAGACACGGGUUGUUUGAAAACUAUUUCGUCAUCAUCAUUGCCAUCAUUCAGGUCAGCUACUGCGUGGAGUGGAGUUGGCUGCUCGGGACUUGGGCCAUUGCUGCUCUGUCCGGCCCCGCCAAACCGUUUCUGUCACUGAAUCCCGAGAAGGAUGAGCUGUUUCGGAAGGAUGUGGAGCAGAUGCGUUGGCGGCCAAAAAAGCAAAAGCAGCAACCCAAACAAUUGACUCCAGGAGUUAUCUACGUGGGCCAUCUGCCACCCACACUUUAUGAAACUCAGAUCCUCGCAUACUUUUCUCAGUUUGGCACUGUCACAAAGCUCAGACUGUCCAGAACUACAAAGACUGGAAAUAGCAAAGGAUAUGCCCUUAUGGAGUUUGAAUCUGAAGAUGUUGCCAAAAUAGUUGCAGAAACAAUUAACAAUUAUCUUUUUGGUGAAAGACUCUUACAGUGCCAUUUUAUGCCACCAGAACAAGUACAUGAAGAACUUUUUCAAGAGUGGUAUACGCCAUUUAAGAAUCCAUCAUUUCCAGCAAUAAAAUGAUAUAAUAAGGACUGGACACCUCUUGAAAAAUUACAGAUGGAGAAGCGAUUUAAAAAGAAAG